UAUUGAGCAAGUGGGAAGUAUAUAACAAAUUAACAAAUGAGGAAUACAUAAAAAUACAAAACUUAUAUGGGCAAACAACUAGAGGUGUUACACAAAUAUAUGCAAAAAAUCCAAGAAUGUGAAUUAUUUUAGAGCUUCCUCAUGUUCUCCUCAUUACACAUGGUAAUUAUCAACAUGGUUGAAAUAUAUGUUUAAAAUAUAUUUAAAAGACACUAGGGGCAUCAAGGAUAAAUGGGCCAGGGGCUCAAGACACCCUGUCCCCCCAAACACAUCCCUCUGCACGUGCCUGUUAAAAUAUUAAGAAAGAAACUACACAACGUUCAGCCGUUGACUACAGCGCGGAUUAAAUUCCCCGCAGCACUGAUAGGCUAAGCAAUGUAACGUGAUCCUCUGCAGCAAGUGAUGGACAAGCGGGGCGUGACAUCCUGACUUCACACAGGUGUGUUUUUACGCACAGAACUAUUUGUGAAUCAGGGAAUAAAAACAGAGAAUCGGUUUUCUCACCUGGAGGACAAAUCUAAAAAUAUUUUUCACUUAUUUUUCCUGUGUUGCAGAUCAGCUUAAAACUGAAGAUUGAUGUGGCCCUGAACUCAGCAUCAUGGAUCAGAGUGAGGAGCUGAAAGAAGGAGAAACUAAGAGCAAACAAUCUGACGAAGUGGAACCAGAAUCCUGGGAGACUAUGUCCAAACAUGGUUCUAUUGAUUUUAAAUCAAACCAACCUUCAUCUAGAAAGAGAGCUCAGCACUCGCUGUCCAGCUGUUCAUCUGGACAACUGUCAGAAAAUGACCAACCUUCAUCUCCAAAGAGAGUGAAGCAGAUCUCAGAGGUUCCUAGUGGUCAGUCUCCCCAACAGCAUCCAACAGAACUGGACUCCAUAUUUAAGGAGCUGAAAAAGAAGAUUUUCAUCUUUGCGGAAAGUGAGCUGGAAAAGAUCCAAAUGGUUCUGGGUUCAGAUUACCCAGAAGGCUUAGAUGAGAAUAAGGAGGAGGAUGAAGUUUUGGCAGAUGAAAAUAACCAGCAGAUGAAGAAGAGCAGAGAAGCAUUUGAGAAGAUCACACAGCACUUCCUGAGGAUGAUGAACCAGGAGAAGCUGGCUGACCGUCUUCAAAGCAAAUCAUUUACCAAAAAACUAAAGUCUAACAUGAAGAAAAAGUUCCAGUCUGUGUUUGAAGGAAUCGCAAAAUCAGGAAAUCAAAGCUUUCUAACUGAGAUCUACACAGAGCUCUACAUCACAGAGGGAGGAUCUGAAGAGGUCAAUGAUGAACAUGAGGUCAGGCAGAUUGAAACCAUGUCCUGGAAACCAGAAAGGCCAGAAAGAGCAAUUAGACAUGGAGACAUAUUUAAACCCUCACCUGAAAGAGAAGAACCAAUAAAAACAGUGAUGACAACGGGAGUGGCUGGCAUUGGGAAAACAGUCCUAACACAGAAGUUCACUCUGGACUGGGCAGAAGACCAAACCAACCAAGACAUCCAGUUCAUGUUUCCAUUCACGUUCAGAGAGUUGAAUCUGUUAAAAGAACAGUUCAGCUUGGUGGAGCUUAUUCACCACUUUUUUAGUGAAACCAAAGGAAUCUUCAAAUUUGAAGAGUUAAAGGUUGUGUUCAUCUUUGAUGGUUUGGAUGAGAGUCGACUUUCACUGGACUUCCACAACAAUGAGAUCCUGACAGAUGUAAGAAAGUCCACCUCAGUAGAUGUUCUUCUGACAAACCUCAUCAGAGGGAACCUGCUUCCCAAAGCUCACCUCUGGAUAACCACACGACCUGCAGCAACCAAUCGGAUCCCCACUGAGUUUGUUGGCAUGAUGACAGAGAUCAGAGGAUUCACUGACCCACAGAAAGAUGAGUACUUCACAAAAAGAUUUAGAUAUAAGAAGCAGGCCAGCUUGGUAAUCUCCCAUGUAAAGAAAUCCAGAACCCUCCACAUCAUGUGCCACAUCCCAAUCUUCUGCUGGAUCACUGCUACAGUUGUGGAAGACAUGUUGAACAAGAAAGAUGAAGAGCUGCCAAAGACCCUGACUGAGAUGUACAUCCACUUCCUGGUGGUGCAGAACAAACUGAAGGUCAUCAAGUAUGAUGGAGGAGCUGAGACAGAUUCAAUCUGGAGUCCAGAGAGUCAGAAGAUGAUCGAGUCUCUGGGAAAACUGGCUUUUGAUCAGCUGAUGAAAGGAAACCUGAUUUUCUAUGAAUCAGACUUGGCAGAGUGUGGCAUUGAUAUCAGAGCAGCAUCAACAUACUCAGGAGUUUUCACACAGAUCUUCAGAGAAGAGAGAAGUUUGUACCAGAACAAAGUGUUCUGCUUUGUCCAUCUGAGUGUUCAGGAGUUUCUGGCUGCUCUUCAUGUUCACCUGACCUUCAUUAAAUCAGGAAUCAAUCUGCUGGCAAAAGGUGAAAUGAAAUCCAAGGAAAUGGAAAAAAGAAACCAUGAAUCUCCAGAGACAGAAAUGUACAAGAGUGCUGUGGACAUGGCCCUUGAGAGUCCAGACGGACACCUGGACUUGUUCCUCCGCUUUCUACUUGGUCUUUCACUGGAGACCAAUAAACAUCGCUUAAGAGGCUUUGUGACACAGACAGAAGAAGGUUUAGGAACUAAUAAAGACACAGCCCAGUACAUCAAGGAGAAGAUGAAUAAUGAUCUGUGUGUUGAGAAAAGCAUCAAUCUGUUCCACUGUCUAAGUGAACUAAAUGAUCAGUCUCUAGUGGAGGAAAUCCAACAAUCUCUACGUACAGGAAGUCUUUCAGCACACCAGUUGUCUCCUGCUCAGUGGUCAGCUCUGCACUUCAUCCUACUUUCAUCAGAGAAAGAUCUGGAGACAUUUGACCUGAAGAAAUACUUUGCUUCAGAGGAAGCUCUUCAGAGACUGCUGCCAAUAGUCAACGCCUCCAGCAAAGCUAUACUGAGUGGCUGUGACCUCUCAGAGAGAAGCUGUGAAGCUCUGUCCUCAUUGCUCAGCUCAACAUCCUCUAGUCUCAGAGAUCUGGACCUGAGUAACAACGACCUGACAGAUUCAGGAGUGAAGCUGCUCUGUGAGGGACUGAUGAGUCCUAACUGUGAACUGGAGAUUCUCAGGCUUUCAGGCUGCCUGAUCACAGAGGAAGGCUGUGCUGCUCUGGCUUCAGCUCUGACUGUGAACUCCUCUCACCUGAAGGAACUGGACCUCAGCUACAAUAAUCCAGGAGAGGCAGGAAGGAAAAGUCUAGAACCUGUACUGAAGAAUCCAAGCUUCAAACUGGACUUUCUACACAUGGAGCCUGCAGGAGACAAAUGGAUGACAGCAGGUCUGAGGAAAUAUUCCUGUCCACUAACAGUCGACCUAAACACUGUGAACAGAUUCCUCAAACUUUCUGAGGAAAACAGGAAGGUGACAUGUGUGGAAGAGGAGCAGCCGUAUCCUGAUCAUCCAGACAGAUUUAAUCUCUAUCAGCUGCUGUGUACUGAUGGUCUGACUGGUCGCUGUUACUGGGAGGUUGAGUGGAGUGGAAGAAUCUACAUGUCACUGAGUUACAGGGGAAUCAAUAGAAAAGGAUUCAAUGACGAUUCCUGGUUUGGAUUUAAUGAUAAAUCCUGGAGUCUAAUCUGCUCUGAUGAUGGUUACACUGUUUGGCAUGAUGGUGUAAAAAAAGCUUUCAUCCCUGAUCCCUCCUUCUCCUCUUUCUCUUCUGUUUGUGGCAGAGUAGCUGUGUAUGUGGACUGUCCUGCUGGGACUCUGUCUUUCUACAGAAUCUCUUCAGAUACACUGAUCCACCUCUACACCUUCAACACCAAAUUCACUGAAACUCUUUAUCCUGGAUUUGGGUUCAAGAGUCGUUCAGGAGGGUGUUGGUUCUCAUUUUAGAAAAGUCUUAAGUCCUUUUCAAAACUAAUACAACAUCUAAAGCGCUAUCAAUGGAUUAAAAACAGAAGAAAAUAAUAAAAAAGUCACAUUAAAUAAAACUGUUUUUUAAAAAGAAACAACAUAGUCCUUCAAUCUUAAGUCCAAACAAAAGAGAAAUCUGGAGUCUAUGAUCCACUGAACUAAAGACUCUGUCUUCCUUUGUUUUCAAUUUACCAUAAAGAGUCAUCAGCAGGUCCUGAUCACAGGGAUAUGAGGCUGCAGUGGCCUUCUGAUAUUUAAUGGUGCCUGUCUAUGAAAAACCCUUAAGCCAAUAAAAUAAUUUUAAAUUACACUGUGGAAUAAAAACUGAAGUCAAUGUCACUGCAUCAAUAUUGGAGUCACGUAUAAAAACCUGUAGGAUUUGUCAGAAGCCUGGCAGCAUCAUUUAGUCUGGUAGCAUCAUUUAGUCUGGCAGCAUCAUUUAGUCUGGCAGCAUCAUUUAGUCUGGCAGUAUCAUUUAGUCUGGCAGCAUAAUUUAGUCUGGCAGUAUCAUUUAGUCUGGCAGUAUCAUUUAGUCUGGCAGCAUAAUUUAGUCUGGCAGCAUCAUUUUGUUUACUUUGCAACAAUUUUAGGGAAGGUAUGCUAAGAUACACAGAGUGCACUGAUCUAACCAAAGCCUGGAUAAUCAGUUCUGAGAAUAAAGAUUUCAUUACCAGAUGAUUAAUAGGAAUGAAUCAAAGACUGGAUGUGCAUCCAAAGUAAAGUCAGAAUGUAAGAUUUUGCCCAAAACCUCUCAGUUCUUUGUCAAUAAAUUCUUUUUUAUGCAUUUUUCUGAUGUACAUCUUUGUUCUCUAAGUUUGUGAAAACUGGUUAAGAAGUAGAUUUUCUUAGUUGCUAUUGGUGACUGAAGACAGUGUAACGUAAUCUACUGUCUUACUUGUGUAAUCUACUUGCAUUUUGAGUCAUUUGAACAGAACUAUAUUCUAAUGUUACAGUAAUGACGUUAUGCAUUGUUUCUUUUCUUGUGAUUAGAUUAAUUACCAAUAAGAAGAAUAAAUACUUGAAAUAUACUUCUUGACUAAUAUGUUGUAAGUGUUACACAUAAAUGUUUGGAUAUAAAAGUGAGUUACUGACAUCUUAUUUAUAUUUGCACAACAUUAUUUAUGUAUAUUAUUUUACAUCCUGCCCCAUUAAGGUUGGUGUCAGGAUCUGGGGGUGUUUUUGAAUUAGGUUGUGGAUUUUUGUCAUUUUUGGUGUUCCUUUGACUUUUCUACUUUAGUUUGCCCUGUUUUCCACUUCUGUUCUCCCUAGUUAUUGUAGUUAUAUUUUUCUUGCUUCUGAGUUAUUUUCUGGUGCUCUAGUUUAUCAUAUUUCUAUAAUCUAAGUUGUUCCUUAGUGUUAUAAUUAUUUCCUGUUCCCCUGUAUUCUCUCCCCUAUUUUCCUGUGUCACUUUCUUUUUCCCCCUCCUCAGCCUAGUUCUGUAAUCAGUUAGCUUAUUAGCCCUGGUCCAUUGUUCCCACUAUCAACCUCCCAAUAUUUAAGAUCCUUAUUCUCCAGUUACAACUCACUGGUUCAUCAUGUCAUCUCACCUCCUCCGCUCCUCCCUGGAUCCCUUGUGUUCUCUUUAUGUUUCUGUUUUGGAUUUAUUUUUUGUUUCUUGGACUUGCAUGAACAGCCGCUGCGAUGCGCAUCUCUGGAAUCCACCUGGAAUCCACCGGUGGCCCUUAUGUCAGUCCGCCGAUGCUUUGGGGACAUUUUGAUUCAUUUCAUUGUGACAUGUUUGGUUUUAUACUGCGGUUCUAAUUAUUGCUACAUUUUCUCUGAUGUUUAUUUUGUGAACUCUAA